AUGACCGUUUCCUACAAUCUCGACGUCUCCUCCGUCUCGUUUUUCAACUUUUUUCGGGUAAGAUUUAAAGCCGAAUCUAUGCUACUAUUGGCAAUCGAGCCUAAAGUGCAAAUAUCUGAGCUCAGGAGCAAGAUGGCCGAAAAUGAUGUACUAGAAAGUUGUAGAGCAUGAAAUUAUCUAUCAAUUUGUUUUUUAACUUUGCAAAAAUCUCAAAAAUUGAGCAAGUUACAGGUGCUUUUUCGUUGGCACGGUUCUGUGUGGAAGUCGGUCUGGUCCGAGCUCGUCAUUUGGCUCAUUUUCUACUAUUUCGUGAUGGUCACCUACCGCUACGCCCUUCCGCCAGACACCCGACAGUAAGUGACGAGCACUUGGGGGUUACUGUAGUGCCACGUCAUCAGGUUGGUCACCCAGUACAUCACUCCGCUCAACGAUCAACUCGACAACUGUGUUCCGCUCACUUUUAUGCUCGCCUUCUUCGUCACAGUUAUUGUGGAUCGCUGGAAAAACAUUUUCGCGAAUAUUGGCUUCAUUGAAAAGUAACUUAACGCGGGUUCCAUGAGGAGAGGGGACCGGAUUACUGUAGUUUUACAGUACCGCUCUGGCGAUAGCCACUUUGGUGCGUGGCGACACUCCGGAAGUCGUUCUGGCGCGAAGGACCAUCAUACGGUACUUGGUACUGUCACAGGUUACGCCAAAACUACAGUAACCCGUGAGGAAUUCGGCACUUUAGGUUCUCGUUUUCCGCGACAUUUCGCUAAAAGUGCGGCGUCGAUUUCCAAACGAUGAUUCGAUUAUCAAGGCAGGUGAGCGCGAGUGACGUUUUGGAAGGCGGAAAAAAAAAACGAAAAGGGUUUAGGAUUCAUGCACGAGCACGAACGCAUCAUGUUGGAUGAGGUCGAGUGCCGGUACAACAAGUACUGGGUCCCGAUCAAUUGGGCGUCAGCAAUCCUCCAGAAGGUUUUUGUUGUGAGUGUGCCGGGCUUCUGCGCUUUUGUGCACGACUUUUUUCGCUUGGCCCAACUUUGAGAGCUUGUAACUCCCCAGCUUGCCGUUAUUUCGAAAAGUGUUCCACAGAAAAGGUGUAGAGAAUUUCAUGCUCUACAACUUUGUAAUUGAUAAGUUUGCAUGAAAGUGCGUAGUUUUUGAGUUACAAACGAUUUUACAAGUGGUGACACUUUUCAGGAAGGCAAAAUCACGGCGCCGCCGCUUUUCAAUGCGGCGUGGCAAGAAAUCAAAGUGUUCCGCUCGAACAUGGCAAUUUUGUGCAAUUUCGACUGGGUGCCAAUCCCUUUGGCCUAUCCGCAAGUCAUUUUCGUCGCCGUUCGAUUCUACUUUUUCAUGUGCCUUUUCACGCGGCAACACUUGGAGUAUGCGGACAAAACGAAGAACACUGUUAGCGUGAGUUUAUUCGAUUUUCACUUGAGAACACGUUUAUUUCGUUGGAAUAGACAUAGAGAGCAUAAAAUUUGCUACAAAUUUCAUGUAGAUCACUUUUUUCGAAUAUCGAUUGAUUCUCGAAAUACAAGGGUUCAAAGAUGACGCUUGCUAGACACUUGAUUUUUAAGUGUUGCUUACAAACAAGAGUAUAACUCAAAAAUGGCUAAUUUUGGAGCAAAGUGAGCAACUACAAAGUGAUUGAGGACAAAAUUUGCUACAACUUUUAUUUGAAACAUUUUUUGAUACAAUUAUUGGUUCACGAGAUAUACGUCUUCAAAUAUAAGGCUUGCGAGUUACUUGUUCGGUGUCUGUAAACAAGAGUGUAACUUGAAAAUUGUGAAUUUUUGAGCAAAAUUAUCAACUAGAAAGUUGUUAAACACAACAUUUGCAACAACUUUUUAGUUAGUCACUUUUUGAUACAAUCACGGGUUCUCGAGAUAUAGGCUUCCAAAGAUGCUAACAACAUCUCUAAAAAACUUUAUUCUAUAAUAUCAAUUUCAGGUCGACCAGUAUUUCCCGCUUUUGACCGUAUUCCAAUUCAUUUUCUUCAUGGGCUGGAUGAAAGUGGCCGAGGGUCUUCUGAAUCCGCUCGGCGAGGACGACGACGAUUUCGAGUGCAACUUUCUCAUCGACAAGAACAUUGCCGUACUUUUUUUUUCUUUUUUGGAGUCUUCUCCAACGUCUUUUUGCAGACAGGCAUGGCAAUUGUGGAUCAGACGUGGAACGUGCAUCCUGAAAUGCGGCCCGACACUUUCCACGCCGCUUCUUCGCCGUUCUAUCCGGAAGACGUCAUCAAUUCGGGAGCCGAUCACGCGCUCGUCGGCUCUGCGCAGACUGUCACGUAAGUUGCAUGGCUUACUAGCGAAUGGCCCGCACUUACCUUGGGAUUUUGCAAAAUGAGACCUAUAUGAUUCGAAAGAGAAUUUCACGGAGCUCUCCAUUUUUGCUAAAGAGCACUGGCUGGCUGGCGAGAAAAUCUGCCUGUUUCUGCCACAUUUUCCUAGCAAGUUCAUCUUCGGCAACGUGUAUCUCAAGAACCACGCGUCCGUUGCAAAAGUGGUCAACUGGUAAGUUAACGCAAAUUAUCUCGUGAAUAACUUUGUAGUUGAUCGUCUAUUUUUAAAAAAAUUAGUUUUCGAGUUAUGAACUGUUUUCCUAGAGCGACAAGGAAAAAGUUAGUGCUGGGCUCAAAGCGCCGAUAACUCGAAAACUAAUUUUUUUUUAAAUAGACGAUCAACUACAAAGUUAUUCACGAGAUAAUUUGCGUUAACUUACUAGUUGACCACUUUUGCAACGGACGCGUGGUUCUUGAGAUACAAGUCGCCGAAGAUGAACUUGCUAGGAAAUGUGCCGGUCAUUUCCUAGUUAGAAGCCAGAAACUAGGCCACGAGCUCUCAGAUUGGCCGAUCCCAACGAUAAUAUCGACAUGAUGAAGGUGGACGUGAACUCGCCGAUCGUCGUCGGCCGAACUUUGGCGGCGGCCGACUCGCGCGCGUCCACCUUCCGAAGACGUCUGAGCUCGGCGUUCGGGAAACGGACCCGAAGCCAUUCGGUGCAACAUCUGGGACCGGAAAAGCCGGAACCCGACACACCGUUCUCGCAGUCGAUGGCUCCACAACGACCCUACGCCGCUUUCGAGCUCUCCAACGGAUUCGGCUCCGCAGUUCUCGGCAACACUUCGCAGAGCCACUUGCCAAAGUUGGAGGAGGAGGAGUCGACGUCUUCCGCCGAUUCCGACGCUGUAAUUCUUCAAUUCACAAAGGGUUUUUGUUGAUAAAAAGUGUUCAGACCGAGCUGGCGGAUCCUCCCACGCCGCCGCCGCCGCCAAUGUUCGUGUUGGCUCGCGGCUUCAGCGAAGAGGCAAAUGGUCCCACUAGCCCGACGUUGCCGUUUAGUCGGCCAGUUCCAAGAGACGACGGGAUGAAGUUGGACAAGAUGAAAUUGAAGUUUUAG